UUGCGCUUUUUAGUGUAACACUAUUUUCACCGCUUGGAAUGUUUUGAUCAACCCUCGCGCCGUUGAACUUUGCUACUCCGGCCCAUACCACAGUAUGACGUAUUUCGCCCGGGACCACCCUUUUUUUGUGUAGCUUCCCAGCUAACUGAGCUAGCCGAGUUCAGCCGCCGAUGACUGUAAACAACCACGGAAUGCCUCGGAGAAAGAAGCCCGGCCAGAGCCCGGCCAGAGGAGACGGCGGCGGCGGCAACCGACCGCCCCACGCACAUCCCGACGCAAUGGCGAGCAACUUUCCGUCCGGCGACACGCUCUCCAGCUCCGACAAGGAUAAAAUCGUUAAAAACAUGCAGGAGAUGUUUUCACACCUGGACUCCGAAGUGCUGUACAUCGUGCUGUCCGAAUGCGAUUUUAAAGUUGAAAACGCAAUGGACGCCCUCUUGGAGCUCUCGGUGGCAGCUGAGACUGCAGCCCCUGUUCCUUCCGUCUCCGGCUUUGAGCGCACGGCUGCAGCACUUCUCAGUCCCCACCAUUUCUCUGAAUCCAGACCUCGCCCAGACGCCUCCAAACCAUCACAGCAGCUCCCCUCACCUCCCUCUACAAAAUCCCUGGCAGACGAGUUGGACCUGGUGGUUGAUAAGGAACUAGAGGGGCUGACUGCCCAACAACUGCACAAGGACGAGCACCUCAGCAACCAGGAUUUAUCUUCUGGUGUAUCCUUUUCCCCACCAUGUCUGCAACAGACCCUUCCUGAAUUGCUUCAGUCCAGCCUUGAAGCUAAAUCUAAAGGUCCCUCUGCUGAGCAGACAGGCCAAGUAGUCAGCCAGUUGGAGCACAUCACUGAAACUAAUUCCUCCCUGGACCAACUCAGACAAGACAGGCAGGAACCGGCUUUGGACCUGGCCGCUUCGGGACGUCCCUCUGCUUUCCAGGUGUAUAAAAAGCAGGAACCUCCGCAUUGUCAUUCAGAGUGGGAUGUAGUCACAGGAGCAAGAUCUAAGAUGAACACAUUGAAUCAAGAACCACUUGGCAACAUCUCCUCAGCCUGGAACCUGGAGGCACCGGUGUUUUCUCCCCGUAUUCAUGGAAACCAGUCACCAGCCUUUAUCACCCCUGUGGCCCAACCACCCUCCGUCUGGUUUAGUAAACCCUUACAUUUGAACCCAGUAUAUCAAGCACCACUCAAACCUUUGGCUCCUAUUCCAAAAUCCUGGGCUGUACCUGGCGCUGUAAAGCACUCUGACAAGAACAGCAGACUCCGCCUGGAAGGGAAGCUGCUCGUUCUGCUACGCGGUGCUCCAGGAUCAGGCAAAUCGUCCUUGGCAAGAGCUUUAUUAGAGGAUAACCAGGGUGGAAUUAUACUAAGCACUGAUGACUACUUCACUCAGAAUGGACAAUAUCGGUUUGACCCCACUUUCCUGGGGGAGGCUCAUGAAUGGAACCAUAAACGAGCCAAGGAAGCUUUUGAGAGGGGCACUAACCCCAUCAUCAUUGACAACACCAACAUGCAGGGCUGGGAGAUGAGACCUUAUGUGGUUCAGGCGCUGACACAUGGAUAUAAAGUGCUGUUCCGAGAGCCAGACACUUGGUGGAAAAACAAGCCCAGAGAACUGGAAAGACGCACAUCACACAAUGUACCAGUGGAAACAAUCCGUCGGAUGCUUGAUGGAUAUGAGCGCUUUGUCACGGUCCAGAACAUUAUGGAUUCACAGAUGCCUGAACACAAACAUCGCCUCCUUCUGGAUAAUAGGAGCUCAAAGCCAAAAUCUUCAGGGACACCUUGUCCUGACCUGGUAGAGCAGCCGGAGUUAAUGGAGGGGUUUAAGAAAUCUCGAUCUCAGCUGUUUUCUUCUCUGCCUGACGUGUCAUCCAUUGGUUGCCCUGCUGAAUUGGUAACACUGGGAGACAGCACCCACAAAUCGACUAAGGCACUCAGUUUGCCAGAUGAUGGCGAACCUACAGAAAACACAGAAUUUUCGGAUGGAGACGAUUACAUGGACUUAGGGGACUUAGAUUCUGAAUUGGAUGCUCAUUUACAGAUGGACCAUUCAUUGGGCUCUCAGAGGAUUCCUGACUGUAUUGUGGAAUCAGUGAUGAAUGAAGAUCGCCAUGGUGAUGAAAUGCCUGUGGCUUUCGCUGAAUCAAUUGGACAAAGAGUGAAAAGACAAAGGCCAAGCAGGAGGUCUGAAUUCACAGAUCUAGUGAAAGAUACAAACCAGUUAGAAUGCGAGGCAAAUGAAGAAAGAAAGAAUGAGGAGGCAGAAGAAGUUGUGUUGAUGAGUGAUGAACCAGAGAACAGAAUGCCUGAGAUGUUAGAUUUUGUAGGGGACUGGCCUCAAGCGUCUCGUGAACAGCGACAGCUGAGGAGAAAAGAAAGACACACAGAAAGUAAUUUGGAGGAGGUUGAAGGCGUGUCUCUAGAAACUAAUGAAACAAAAGUGCAGUCUGACUCUCCAUUUACAGAGUUUCUGAAGAUUGCUGAUGUUAUGCAGACAGGUGCAGCUGUCAUUCAGGCCAGAGCUUCCCAUUCGUCUUCUCCUUCUCAGAGCUGUGGAGGGGAAUCUGAGAAAGAAGAGCAAGCAGAUAGCAGCUUUGAAGAAUCCAGCGGCAGCGGACUCAGCAGUGAAGAGAGACCGCACACCUUAAACCACUUCAACAGCAGCAGCAGCAGUGAUUUACCAGACUGUGUGUUAGACUGGAAGUCACCUGUCUGUCCUGCAGACGAGAAAGCAACAGUUAAUAAUGCGAAGGGGCUUCCAAUUGAAAAUGAAACUAUUGAUUCAACAGGAGGCCAUGUUCAAGAAACAGAAGCUGCCAUAGAAACAGAAGCUGUGGAUUUGACAUCAACCAACAAAACCUGUCUGUCUACUGCAGUCCGUGGUGGUGGUCAUACUGAUAUAUGUGCCAAUGAAUACACAGAUAACGUUAGAGAGCGUGGACCUGAGGUUGGCAGCCAUGUUAGAGAGGAGUGUCACAGUCCCGUCUGUGAGAGCUCCAUGGAAGCAGAUGUCAGUGGAGGCAGUCAGGAGAAAAAGCAACGACAAGGUCGCAGACCUGGGAAACAUUGUAAGCUAGCUCUCACCUUCACUCAAAACUGCCCCGCUUCUUCAUCAGAUAUGCUUGAAAAUCCCUUUACCACAGUUCAAAACACAGACAGCUGUGGGAUUCCAAAUAAGACCGAUGUGGAACCUAACUUGAAUCCUACCUGUAACUCCAGCGUUAAGCUUGAACCAAAUGUAGACCUUUGUAAAGAGUCCGUAUCCGAAGCAGACUUACAGCCUUGUUCUCUGGUAGACACAGGCUGCUUCACCCAGACAGAACCUCAAGAUUUUGCCCUUCUUUGGCGUCUUAAUCAUCAAGACCACCCAGAUAAUAUAGUAAUCCAUGACUCCAGCCACGUCAGUGACUUUAAAGUCCUGUCUGGUGACUCUUCUCGCUUUGUGCCAGAGCUUUCCACAGCUACUUUACCAGCUGAUACAGUUCAUCCGUCUUUCCACAAAGAGGUCCCUUAUCGUGUGGUGCAUGAGAGAGGCACACAGGUGGAGGAGAAGGACUUUGGAGUGAACCAAGACCGGUCUGAAAGCCUAAGUAUCCUCAGUCAACAUUUUAAACUUGUUGCCUUUGAUACAUUGGAAGAUCUAUAUGACAAAUGCCAUCAGGACCUAGAAUGGACCACCAACCUGCUGCUGGACUCUGGAGAGAGAUUUUCUAGAGAUGAGGAUGGUGAUGGGAGUGAAGAUGAACUGAAUGCAUCUAGUGUGUAUGGAACUUUAGACAAGACCAUACAAUCAAGCGAAUGUGCCAAAGGGUUCAAUGAGUCCAGUUCUGAAGAUCUGCAUAAGGCAGGGACAACUGGGUCAGAGCAAGAUAUUCCGCAGUUAACCUGUGGGAAGGUUGGCGAGUCAGAUGUGAGCUCCAGUAAUCACAAUGUUCUGUGUUCUGAUGGUGUAGCUGAUCCAGUUAGAAACAAGGAACAUCUCGAUACAACCUCUGAAUUAGUAAACACACCUCAAGUGGAACUUAAUCAACCCCGAGCAACAAAAGAAGGAGAACACACACUAAGACCAGAACCCAAACUAGACGACGAAGCUUGGUGUGGGAGCUUAGACGAUGCAGUAAUAAUAGAAGAGACGAGAGUCGAGAAUGAAGACGAGAUUGCCAGCAUGGAUGAGGUCGAGCGGCUGCUGCAGGCUGAACUAGACGAGAUGGAGAGAGAAGCCAAACAGAGGAGGGAGGAGCGAAGAAGCAAACAUCUGGACAUACAGAGCUUGGAGCUGAAACUACCCACCGAGCUGGCUCUUCAGCUUGCUGAACUCUUCGGUCCUGUAGGAGUAGACCCAGGUACAUGCUCCACCGAUGACUAUGCAGUAAAGAUGGAUCUAAAUCUGGCUAAACUGCUCCAUCACAAGUGGAAGGAAACAAUCCAGGAAAGGCAGAAUCAAGCAGCUCUUUCUUUUCGCCUACUCAAGGAAGGUUCAACACACUGGGGUGAGUCACAGUGGGACAAACCUGGACCAACAGAGCAGACAUGGGCAUCGCAUGACCUCCAACCAGAUCCCCGUGUUCAGAUGCCAUUCAUGGACCACUGGAAUGUGUCUCAUUCACAUGUCUCUCUUAGAGACAUUAUAAAGGAGGAGCAGGCCUUGCAGAACAUGGCGAAGACUCGACAAAGUCGAGCAGACCAGCGAGAUGGAGCAUCACAGUUCAAGGAGAACCAGCUGUACUCCAGUUUCCCCACUAUUGACAGACAUUUCCUUCAAGACAUCUUCAGAGACCACAAUUACAGUCUAACCAAGACAGAGCUCUUUCUUCACUCUUUGCUGGAUGAGGAACCAGUCAAGACUGUUGUUGCCCCAGAAACUCCUCGAUCCCACCAACACAGACCAGCCAGCAAGGAAAGGGAAAAGUGGCAAAAACACCUGGAAUCCGCCGCACUCCACUAUCAGGACACUGAGGACCCAGAGUAUGAGGACUUCAGGGCUGAGGCCGGACUGCAGAGGAGCCGACAGCUUGAGAGUUUCUCCAAAGCUGCCGAGGCCUACAAACAGGGACGCAAAGAAGUAGCUUCAUUUUAUGCACAGCAGGGCCACCUGCAUGGUGAGCGGAUGCACGAGGCCAACCACCGUGCAGCAGUACAGAUUUUUCAAAGGGUGAACUCAUCACUGUUGCCCAACAACAUCUUGGACCUUCAUGGACUGCAUGUAAACGAGGCCUUGGAGCAUCUGACCCAGGUGUUGCAGGACAAAACCUCAGACUGUGAGCAGGGUCUGUGUCGACCUCAGCUCUCUGUCAUCACAGGAAGAGGGAACCACAGUCAGGGGGGCGUGGCACGCAUCCGCCCCGCCGUUAUAGAAUACCUCACCAGCAAACAAUACAGGUUCACUGAGCCAAAGCCAGGACUCGUGUUGGUGUCUUUGAGGUGAUAUGAACCUGGUUUGCUGGAUUCAAGCUAAAGCGGCUGUAGAAGCAAACACACCUACACACAAACACACACGCGGAUGCAAAUAUAUUAAUUGAAAUGUGGCCUUGGUUAAAUUUGAAAGUUGAUUCGAAAAUCUUAAUCUUAAUUGAAAUCUGAAUCAGAAUUGCAUCCCUUUUAUGAAGGCUACUUUAAUUAUAAACACAGACAUUUUUAUGCUCCUGUAAAGCUACAAAGUUUGUACAGUGUAUUUUAUAUUUUAAAUAUUUAAAAAUGUCAUUAUUUUUGCUUUGCAGUUGCAUUUAUGCCUUUUAAAGACCCCAUGGUGUUUAGAAGGCUCUAUGUUAAAUAAGGUGUUUGAUAAUUCAUAAGUCUACUAAUCUGGAGUCAUGUUUACGAGAUGAGUGCUUUAUGCAACUCGAUGUAACUCAUGAUAGCGAGCUGCCUGCUUGGAGCUAGUUUUAGAGGGAACCUUUUGAAGACGUAGUGUAAACAGCUUGUCGAUAAAUCUACAUUUGUUGCUGUUCUCUAAGGGGGCUAUUUUUAAUGGUACAGUGCAACAAUAUUUAAACUCAGGUAAAGACUUCUUUUUAGAAGCCAGUGGUGUGUUCUCAGCCUGUUGGUGCUGGUAGCGUUCUGGACACAAGUGCCACAUUUUGUAUCAGCGGUGUGUGAUGUCUCUUUUAUUUAGCUACAGCAAAACUGUGUCAAUGUGUCACUGUACAUUAUGUAAAUACAAGUAUUAUGAAGAGUUGUAUUUUUUUACCCAUUUGUUCAAAUGAUUUUACAAAGACUAAUGUAAUGAGGAAUAAAAUCGAUCUAAUUUUC